AUGCGGCGUCGCUGGCUAGUGAUGCAGCUGCUAAUGCAGGUGUGGCUGACGGCAACCCCCUCCAACAGCGAGCGGCCGUGCCCCAAGAGCUGCCGCUGCGAUGGGAAGAUUGUGUACUGCGAGUCCAGCGCCUUCCGCGACGUCCCCAAGAACCUGUCGGGGGGCUGCCAGGGCCUCUCGCUGCGCUACAACAGCCUGGCCAGCCUCAGGGCGGGCCAGUUCGUGGGACUCAACCAGCUCAUCUGGCUCUACUUGGACCAUAAUUACAUCGCUACCGUGGACGCAGUGGCCUUUCAAGGGGUCCGGAGACUAAAGGAGUUGAUCCUGAGCUCCAACAAGAUCACCAUGCUCCACAACACCACGUUCCACCCCGUACCCAACCUGCGCAACUUGGACCUGUCCUACAACAAGCUGCAGGCUCUGCAGCCGGGCCAGUUCCAAGGCCUGCGCAAACUUCUGAGCCUCCACAUGCGAUCGAACUCGCUGAAGAGCAUCCCAAUGCGUCUGUUCCAGGACUGUAGGAACCUGGAGUUCCUGGACCUGGGCUAUAACCGCCUGCGCAGUAUCACCCGCAACGCCUUCUCAGGCCUGGUCAAGCUCACCGAGUUGCACCUGGAGCACAAUCAAUUCUCCAAGAUCAACUUCUCCCACUUCCCUCGGCUCUACAACCUCCGAGCGCUCUACCUCCAGUGGAACCGUAUCCGCUCCAUGAACCAGGGGCUGACCUGGACCUGGGCCUCGGUGCAGAAGCUGGACCUGUCCGGGAACGACCUGACGGAGGUGGACGCCGUGGUGUACCAGUGCCUGCCCAACCUGCAGACCCUCAACCUGGACUCCAACAAGCUGACCAACGUGUCCCAGGAGGCGGUGGACGCCUGGAUCUCCCUGAGCACCGUCAGUCUCGCCGGGAACGUGUGGGACUGCGGCACGGCCAUCUGCCCCCUGGUGGGCUGGCUGCGGAAGUUCAGGGGGGCCAAAGAGACCACGAUGAUCUGCGCCUCGCCGAAACAGGCCCAGGGCGAGAAAGUGAUGGACGCCAUCGAGGCCUUCGGAGUAUGUCGCUCGAGCCUGGUGACGGCGCCACUGGCGUCUAGCCUCCCGCCGACCCCUUCCGGCUCCAACUUCCGGACCGAGCGGCUCCCUUACGUUCCCGCCACGCCGACUAGCUCCCGGGACAGGGGUCGCGAGAGCCCGGUGGGAUUUGCCACACCUUCCGCUGUUUCCCCUCCUCCUGGAGGAGGAGGUGGUGGAGGAGGAGCGCCAGCACCUCCGCCGCCGCCAGAGACGGACGCCGAGCCGGUGUCCUUCCACAAGAUCGUGGCGGGCAGCGUGGCACUCUUCCUGUCGGUGGCCAUGAUCCUGCUGGUGAUCUACGUGUCCUGGAAGCGCUACCCCAGCAGCGUCAAGCAGCUGCAGGAGCACUCGGCCUCGACCCGCAAGCGCCGCAAGAAGGCGAGGGAGACGGAGCGCACGCUGAGCUCCCCGCUGCAGGAGUACUAUGUGGACUACAAGCCCACCAAUUCGGAGGCCAUGGAUGUGCUGGUGAACGGGACGGGACCCUGCACCUACACCAUCUCGGGCUCCAGAGAAUGCGAGGUCCCGCACCAGAUGUCUGCGCUGGCGUUCUACCGCUACGAGCAACCCAUCGUAGACUACUGCCAGGCACACCAGCCCCUACGCCUCAACAUGGGCUACGAGGGGCCCCCCCAGGGCCUGGAGGAGCUGGGGCCCCGCGACAGGGGCGGCCCCAUACAGACCGUGACCUUGCCGCCCGCAGUCCCCUCUGCCACCAUCGUGGGGGGCCCGGGCCCCCGGGCCACCCCACCUCUCCGGCCCCCGUCCGAGGGCCCCGGGGUUGGGCCCUUCCCCCCCUCUGCUAACGAGCGCUCCGGCACGCUCACGUUCGGACGCUAG